AUGCAUCUCUGGCAUGGGUCGUGGCCCCGUGAAAAAGAGGGCGCACACUGCUAUAACACAGCACUUGGAAGGAAGCAGAAACAAGAAGAAGAAGAAGAAGAAGAAGAAGAAGAAGAAGAGAAGAAGCAAAGAGGACUCACUCAGGUCUCACUAGCCCUGCCUGUUACCUGUACGUCGCGUGUUUGCCUACCCGCGUCACGAUCAGCAUCCUAUUUGCAUAGCGCCGAUGAAGCUGCUACCGUUGCGCUCGUUUUCCUACCAUCGUAUCAUCCUUCCUUUGGGUGUGUUAGCUGCUCAGUUGAAAACCCAGUAGACUCGACCUUUGUCCGCGAUGAUUAGGACAAUACGGCGUUCAAGAUGAUCCAAGUCCAGCGAUGAUCGGUGAAAGGAAAGGGUGGACGCAAAACUGGAAGACUUUUGCACUUUUGUAAAUUAUUUUCAGUGAUGUUCGCUAUCAUGCUAAUGAAACAGUGUACUAA